AUGGAGAACAUUUUCGGGAGUCGCGUCUCCUCUCUAGGUAUCGUGGCAGCGGCUGUCGAUAAGGGUCAACCAAAGGAUGGAGUCCAGAAUGCACCGAAGCAAAUUCGAGAAGGUGGUCUUCAAGACCUCUUGGAGAAACUGGGAGCAAAGGUGAAUGAUUACGGAGAAAUUACUCAACCAAAGGAUCAGGAAUCGGAUGUGAUUUUGAACUGCGAGAACCAGCAAGCACUGGUGAAAACUACUUUAGAGUUAAAAGAGUUAGUGGAGAAAAGCGUGAGUGAGAAUGACAUGACGCUUAUAUUGGGUGGAGACCACAGUAUCGGAAGCGGGUCGAUUGUUGGUCACUUCACUACCUUCCCCAAUUCCUUUGUUGUCUGGGUUGAUGCCCACGCUGAUAUCAACACACCCCAGAGCUCUGCUUCACGGCACACUCACGGCAUGCCCGUCUCCUUUGUCCUCACCGAAACAAACAAACUUAUUCCACAAACACACGGCUUUGAAAAUAUCAAAUCAGUUCUUAGUCCAAAUCAACUGCUCUACAUCGGGCUUCGAGACGUUGAUUCACCAGAACUAGGUUUCCUAAAGGAAUUCAAUGUUCCAUAUUUCGAUAUGCAAGACGUGAGGAAACUGGGCAUCAAAAAAGUCAUGGAAAUCACGCUGAAAACCAUAUUCCGAUAUAGUCCCAAUUCUCAAGUCCAUCUGAGCUUCGAUAUUGACUCAUUGGAUCCCAAAUACGCUUCUUGCACAGGAACCCCCGUUCCCGGCGGUCUCUCAUUGGAGGAGGGCAAGUAUAUUUGCAAGGUACUUGCUCAGACGGGUCAUUUGAGAUCUAUGGUUCUGGCCGAGGUCAACACGUCGCUCGGAUCCCCUAAAGAGGCAAAAACGACGGUGAAUUCAGCUGUUGAGCUCAUCAAAAGUGCUCUGCUUUUGGACUAG